AUGUCGCAAGAUAAAGUGACAAAAAUAGUGAAGGAGAUAAACACCUUGAAGACAAGCUGCGAGAAGCUGAACGCCCAGCUGGAGGAACUGAUAACGCAGAAGGUGGAGAAUGAAAUUCUCCUGGAGGAGGUUAAAAACUUGGAGGACGAUGCCGUGUUGCACAAGAUGGUCGGUCUGAUUUUAGUUCGCGAGGAAAAAAAUAAAUGUUUCGACACCAUCACUAGGAGGAUUCACUACAUCACGGGGGAAAUCGAAAGCAGGAAGAAGGUCAUCACCAACUCGGAGGAGAAACUGAAGAAGCUCUUUAGCGACCUCGAAGUGCACACGAACCAAAGAAAAGUAGCCAUCCCGCAGUCAUAA